AUGGUUUUUGUUCGAAUUUUAACUCAAGAUGAAUAUACAUUAGAAUCAUUUGCCAAUUUUCCACCAUUUAGUUUAUCAGUACAAGAAUUUUGGACUCGGAGAUACAGUCGAAUUGCUCACACAAUUUUAAAAGAAUCAAUUUAUAAGCCGAUUCGAUUAGAAUUUUCAUCUUCAGCUAUUGCAUUCUUGAUAACAUUUAUUAUAAGUGGUAUUUUUCAUGCUCAUAUGGGUAUGGUUGCUUUUGGGGAUAUGUCGUCACUAGUUUCAAUCUUCAUGUUUUUCCUUUUACAUGGCAUUGCUUGUUAUCUUGAACCAACAAUAAAAAAUCAAAUUCCUAAAUAUAUCCGAUGGAUACUCACACAAAUGUUUUUAGUUAUUACAUCAUCAUUCAUGUUCGGACCAUUUAUAGAAAAAGGAUGCCCAUUUUUUGAAAAUAAUCCUCCACCAUUAUUUAAUAUGGAAUGGACACCAAAACAACCCGUACCUGAUUUUUGUCCACGCUAA